GGUCCCCCGCGAGCUCUGUCCGGGGUUCCAUGCUCCCCAAUGACAGCAGCGGCAGGAAGCAGGCGGGCGCUUCUCCGGGGCCUCCUGUUCCCCGAGGGGCGACACUGGACAGUUCCCCACGUGACUCCCAUCCCUUGGUCCCAGGUCUGUGCAUGGCGAAGUCUCCGGAGAACUCUACCCUGGAGGAGAUUCUGGGGCAGUAUCAACGGAGUCUCCGGGAGCGUGCGAAUAGAAGCAUUCACCAGCUGCAGAGCGCCUUGAGAGAAGGCGACGGUGGUGUUGGAGAAGGCGCACCAGACGCCCCGUGUGGCGCCGGCGAGGAAAGUGAGGACCCUGGGGCAGCCUGGCAGGAGCUGCAGUACAGCCAUGCCGUCAAUCAGCUCAAAGCUCUGUUGCGCCAACAGGCAACUAAGGAAAGUGAGGUGUCUCCAUCGAGAAGGCGAAAUGCGUCCCCUCUGAGGUCAUCAGAGUCCGAGGAAGCCAAUAUGCCUACUGUAUACAAUCUUGUUCCUAUCGUCAAUGACCAGUCUCAAUACAUUCAUCAUUUAGAGGCAGAAGUCAAGUUCUGCAAGGAGGAACUCUCUGGAAUGAAAAAUAGGGUUCAAGUAGUUGUGCUUGAAAAUGAAAGGCUCCAACAAGAGCUGAAAUCUCAGAGACAAGAGGAAGCAAUGAGGGAACAAACACUUCUGGAUGCAUCUGGAAACCUGCAGAAUUCUUGGAUUACAACAGGCAACGGCUCUGGGAUGAAUGAAGGUGCCAAGGGGCGAUUCUCCCAGGGCAAUGCAGAUGCAGUCAAAGGUCCAUCAGCUGGUGAGGCUGAGAAAUGGAAGCUAGAGCUGGAGAAGCUAAAACUUACUUAUGAAGAGAAGGGUGAGAUCCUGGAAUCGCAAUUGAAAAUCUUGAGGAAAGACCUAGCUGAAUAUCAGAAAAACUGUGAAGAUCUUAAGGAGCGACUAAAGCAUAAAGAGUCUCUUCUCGCUGCUAAUAUGUCUAACCGUGUGGGUGGCCUUUGUUUGAAAUGUGCUCAGCACGAAGCUGUUCUCUCCCAAACCCAUAGUAACGUUCAUGUGCAGACCAUUGAGAGACUGACCAAGGAGAGGGAUGACUUAAUGUCUGCGCUGGUCUCCGUCAGGAGCAGCUUGACAGAUGUGCAGCAGAGAGAAGCCGGGGCUUAUGAGCAGGUGAAACAGGCCAUGCACAUGACCGAGGAGGCCAACUUCGAGAAAACCAAGGCUUUAAUCCAGUGUGAGCAGUUGAAGAACGAACUGGAAAGGCAGACAGAGCGACUGGAAAAAGAACUCGCGUCUCAGCAAGAGAAAAGGGCCUUUGAGAAGGAGGCAAUGAGAAAAGAAAUAACAAAGGAACGGGAGGACCUGGGAUCAAAGAUGUUGUCCCUGUCUCAAAACAUUGCCCAACUGGAGGCCCAGGUUGAAAAGGUUACGAGAGAGAAGAUUUCAGCUAUUAAUCAGCUUGAGGAAGUUCAAAACCAGCUUGCUUCCAAAGAAAUGGAUGUCACAAAGGUGUGUGGGGAAAUGCGCUAUCAGUUGAAUAGAACCAAAAUGGAGAAGGAUGAGGCAGAGAAGGAACACAGAGAGUACAGAACAAAAACUAAAAGGGAUCUUGAAAUUAAAGAUGAGCAUUGCACGAGUUACUACUUUGGAGUUGUGGCUACAACUGAGCAGGAAGCAUCGAGGUACGGACAUCCUGGAGCAAACCAAAUAAGUAGAUCUGAAGGUUUUGGCUGGAACAGUCAGGGUGGGAAAGAAUCGGAGCUCCCGUCUACAGCAGUAGGAUUCGGCACUUUGUCCCGCACGGACUUUAGCAACACGGGAAUUGUUCCUGAAGUUCACUAGAACGAAUGAGAUUGUUGGAAGCAGCGCAUCUGUUUUGUAAAAGGAUGAGAAGAAGCCUUGCAAGUCCUAAAGGGAGGGCCUACUUAAGGCCAGAGAAACAAAAGCAAUAAAGAAAACGUGAAGAAUCGUACCUUUUUACUUAGAGAAGUCUACCACAUCGCUGUGCUGUCUUCAAGCACUUGACAGAUUCUUUGAAGGAGAAAGUUAAACACCUGCUCUAGAUCUUCCGUGUGGGCGGAAGGAAUAAGAACAGAGCAGUUUAAUCACAGCCCCUGGAAAUCCCAGUAGCCUGGAAGAAGAACUUUCUGACAGGGAGAGGGAAGGAGAUCACAGCAACGCGCCAUGGAACUUUCUUCCCUGAAAUCGCUCGUUUCAGACAAAAAUGGCAGGAUGCCAGAGGCCCAGCUCGCGGACCUGCGAGGUCCACGUCUCCCGCCGGACCGUGGAAGCACCUUCAGAAUAUCUCGGGCUCCCUGUUCAAGCGGCCAGGCGUGGCAUCCGUCUUUUCUGCUCGCAGUUUCGCACCUACACAUUAAAGCAGAAUCCUCCUCGGCUCUGCCCUGCUCCGUGUCUGCAAUGCCUCGUGCUCUCGUCAGAAGGCUUCGGGAGGAUGUGCUGAGAGAAUGGAUGGCUUCUGGAGAGCCAGACUCGAGAGACUUUUCAAGUACCACCUGCAGUCGCACUUCUGCCUCUAAGAACUGACUGGGAGAGGGGCCACUUGGGCCUGCCGUUCGCACAUGUAAUCACUCGGUCCUGGUGAUGACAGAGUCGCUCGCCACUGUUCUUCACACCCUCUUCCGCUGCUGGAAGCUUAGCGCAUCCCGCUC